CUCCAUCUCAACAUUCUCCAUCACUCUCACUCUCUACAAUGGCAGAAAUGUCCUCGACACGGGAAGACCAGGCACUCCAAGCCGUUCUCGAGCCCUUCAUCCACGUCCUCCGCUCCCCCGACCCCAUCACCAUCCCUUCAGCAACAGUCAAGGGGGCGCUUACACACUUCAUCGGCUCGCUCAAAGAUGAACAGCUAGACACGUUCGUCGACGACAUUCUCACAUCCACCUCGCUCUGGGCUACCGUCAAGCCAGAUGCCGUACGUGAGUGUGUGCGCUCCGCGGUCCCCACCAAGGUCACCGCGCUUCGCAAGACCUCCAAAGACACCUUCUGGCGCCGCAAUGUCCUCGAUAAGGACGCCCAGGCCUGGCUCGCGCAGAUCCAGGACGAUGUGCACAAGGUCGAAGGGGCAGAGGAGAGGCGACUGGUAUUCCUCACUGGCCUGCUCCAAGGGCUCGACGACGUCACGGGCAUCGAUUGGGCCAAGCAGCGCGUGGACCUCGAGGAGGAGCUGGUUAUCGCGAUGUCGGACGCCUUUGACGCCAAGAGCAAGGAUGCGGUCAAGUUCUUUUCCGAUGUCGCACCUCAUGUUGAUGCGGCGAGGCUGAGGGCUCUGAAUCUUAAGGAGAUCAUGCCCUUCCUCCAUGUCGCCAUCUUCUCGGGUCUCGGCUUUGCGCUGGACAAGUCGUCGUUGGAGAUCUACCCCUCGGUCGUCGACACGCAAAAGGUUGCAAACCUUUCCCGUGGACUGUCUAUUGCAAUCUCGGCGCUCUUCAAGGGUGGGCCCACGAGCCAGCAGUACGCUUGGCAGGCGGCGCGGGCAUUCACGUUCCGGAUGUACGAGGUGGCCCAGGACUUGAAUAAGCGCGCUGUCGACCUAAAGAAGGAGAGCACAGAAUGGGAGCGCCGAAAGUCAUCGCUGUCCUCGUUGCUGGAUAUCAGCUGGCCCGUCGUGCAAUUCAUGCUCGACCCAUCACAACGGCUGCUGUCGGAGGAGUUGAUUCUCACUCAUACCGAGUUGAUCAUCUUGAUUCUGUCGCGCUUCUCGGCCAUCACCGAGGACAAUGACUCUGGAUUGGAACAGCACGACAAGGUCCUGUACGGCUCGCUCGACGUCAUCGUCGGUCUUGGUGGCGGCAAGGGCGUGAGCGAUACGUUCAGAGCCGUCCGCGGCAAGGGACCUAUAUCUGAGGUAUCAGAGUCCUUGGCGACGUUCAUCUUGACCGUGGCCGAGCAACUGAUUCAUCUCGUGGACGCCCGGGCAGUGAGGGAUACGAUCCUUCCUCUUGCUGAGAAGUAUAUGGUACGACCUCAACACAAGGCAAGCUUUGAAGCUUCCUACGCCUUCCUUCUGGUGCUCGUCGAUGCCGCGUCCGAAACCGCGCUGUCCGAGCCAAACCAGGGACCGUUCGUCGAUGCUCUGGUUCACAUCCUCGCCCACGGCCUGAUCAAGCAGACUGGGGACGGCUCAAUUGCUCCCGAUCAGCUCAAGACGGCGUACCCAACUGUCGUCAAGGCGGCGUCGCGUCGUUCGCCGGCCCUGACGGCAACUGUGGUGAAGCAGAUUGAAGACGCCAACUUUGAAGCCGACGACGCGAAGGAUGCAGUUCGUAUCAUUCGCAUCGAACUUAUCCCGUACAUCCCUGGCCCGGACAUCCCCGAGUAUCUCGAAAACAUUGCCCAGCUUAUCCUCUCUACCAAGCCGGGGUCCGACACGCGCCUCGAGGCUGCGUCGACAGCCUUCCAAGUCAUCAUGAAGGAGAUCCCCGACGAGUCGAGGCAGUACGGUAUCGAGUGGUGGCAGCGCUGGAGAAGGCGAUUCAACGGCGGAGGCGCCGAUGCCGACGCUGUCGCCAAGCUCUAGCAUUAUCAUUGGGACCACUGGUUGUAUGUAUUGCAUUUACACCCUGCCUGCCAUGCCGCACCGACCUCGGCGUAUCAAUCGGUGCUCAAUCCGACCUGAACCGACCUCCGAAAGUCCGCCGACGGCCCCCCCUGACAAGCCCCUUCCGCCACCUGGAGAUCGGAGUUCCCUAAAUACUUUGAUCAACCCGAUUACCAACGGCCCUGACAAGAAAUCUGACCUUUUUGAAGAUUAUCUGACCUUUUG